AUGCAACAGGCCCUGGAAAGGGCUUUGGACCGUGCGGACUAUGUCAUCGCAGGCGCCCAGCAGAGGCCUCCAAAGAGGAGAGGCUCGUCGAGUGGGGAAGCAUCUCUCUACGAGAAGCUUUACGACAUCUACGUGGAAGAAUGUGGGAGAGAGCCUGAGGCUCCGGAGGAGCUAAGAAGCAACGUGAACUUGCUAGAGAAGCUCGUGAGGAGAGAGUCGUUGCCUUGUUUAGUGGUCAACCUGCACCGGGGAGAGGGGGGAUAUUCGCUGAUGCUCCAGGGGAAACACGGAGCGUAUUCGGAGACCGUCCGGCUGCCCUACGAAGAACGCGAAUUGCUCGAAUACCUGGAUGCUGAAGAACUACCUCCCGCUCUGCUGGACGUGCUGGAAAAAUCGGAGGUGAACCUCUUCCAGUGCGGGUGCGUCAUAGCGCAGGUGCGGGACUACAGGCAGUGCAGCGGUGGGGAACCUCCGGGCUACCAGAGCAGGCACAUUCUCCUGCGCCCCACCAUGCAGACGUUAGCCUGCGACGUGCAGUCCAUGACCAGCGAUGGCCAGGAAUGGACCCAGGAGGACAAACUGUCGCUUGAGAGCCAGCUGAUCUUGGCCACCGCUGAGCCCCUGUGUCUGGAUCCUUCUGUAGCAGUAGCCUGCACGGCGAACAGGCUGCUCUAUAACAAGCAAAAGAUGAACACUGGGCCGAUGAAAAGGAGCUUCAGGAGGUACUCUGCCUCCUCUCUGCAUCGGCAGCGGGAGCUGUCUGCUUGUCCCCCUCCUCCUGAGCUGACAGUAUGGGCCUCUUGCCGGAAACGCAGGGAGCGCCAAGACCGUCCGUGGUACGACCUCAAAAUUUCUAAGGCGGGGAGCUGCGUAGAUACGUGGAGGCGGAGACCCUGUGACUUGGCGGUGCCUUCGGAAGUGGAUGUGCAGAAAUAUGCCAGAGGGAAGAGGUCCGCCCAACGGGUCGUCUCACCUCCGGGAGUCUGGGCAGCCGGCGAGGUGAGGGACGGUGGUGCGUGUGGCCGCGAAGCCGGCCAGGAGCCUCAGAGCACGGAGCUGACCUUCCCGAAGUCGCCGCCGCUGAAUAAUCCACCCUCCUCUGGAGCGAGAAGGCCCUGGAAGGAAGACCGGUGGGAGGGACAGAUGUCUCCUCCGCACCCCUGCACAGAUGACUGUUCAGGCGGUGUCCCUCCAGAAUCAAAGACUGCUGCUGGCGGGGUGGUCACGGGGGCAGAGCUGGCCGUCCCGCAGAAGGCCAGCUGUACGGUCACCGGGUCGCACGGCUCAGGCGGCCUCAGUGGGCUUCCUCCCGGGAACGACCCAAAACAGCCUGACAUGGCAUCGGUUCGGUCUCCAGUCCAGGGGGAAGGCGUGGGACGGCCACCUCUGCGCAUCAGACUUCCCUGGAGCUCAGGAACGAGCCGGUCGGCGAACAGUUUUAUUCCAUGGGAGGGCAGCAGCUUUCGUAAAUCUCCAUGUCCUGCUCCCGCUCCUAAGCCACCAAGUCCCUCCCAGCAAUCGCCCGUGGACGUGAAUCGAGGGAGCCCGCUUCCCGCAGCCACCGUGUCCGCCGCCAGCGCCCCACAGAGGAGCCCGGCCAGCCGGGUCACGGCCAGCUCCGCGGGCCACAGCCUCCUCCAAGUGGCGGGCCCUGGUUGCGGAGCUCGGGCUUUGGAGAGGGGCUCCGGCCCGGGGCAGGGCCCUCAGGCUGGCGCCAAGGCUCCUGCGGGGAUCCAGCCCAGCAGCCUGCCCUCAGGCGCUCGGCCCCCCAGUGCGGUGCCCGCUGCAGCGCGGAGUCCUCCGGUCCGCGUCCAGUUUUUUUUAAAACACGCUUCCGGCCUCAGGCCAGUAACUCUCCUGGAGGUUCCCCAAGAGUCGCUCCUUUUGAACACAGCGCGGCCGCCAGAGCGGGGGCUCUAUCACUUGAUUUCCCAAGAACAACUUCAGCAAGCCUCCACUGGGGGUCCUCAGCGGCCUGGGCCCCAGGGUCCAAGUGCGAGAGGUGCAGCCAGUCUAGAAAGGGCCUCCUCUGCUCAGCAGGCUGUGGCGCUAAACCUGGCCGGAGAGGGGGAGCUGCCGCAGCCCCACGCGGCGGUGUCGGCGGUGUCGGCCCCGUUCGGCUCUGGGGAAAGCCAGAGAAGCCCCGAGCAGAGCGGUCCUCGUCCCGCGCACACACUGCGGCCGCCCCAGCCACAGGGACCACGGUUGAGAAUCUUGCAGGGCCCUGUGGCCAUGACGACAGUCAUCGCCCAGACAGCCAGGCCGCCUCUGGCCCCGCAGCCCGCAAGCCAGGCCAAAGGUUCGCGCGUGGUGUCACCCCCGCCGCGCUUUGCUCGUUCUUGCUCGGCUGAGCCUUACACGCUGGUGCGCGUGUACCUCACCGCGUGUGCCCGGUCUCCGUCCGUGGACAUCCCCCUUGCUGGCGAAGCCUGUCGGCCGUCAUCGUGUGACUCUUCCGCCUUUGACGAAGAGAUGAGCGGAGAGGCAGGUGACCGGCGGGUCCUUCUCGAUCAACCCCGCUGUACCGUCCCGGCCCCGCUCAGGGAAGAUUUCGGCCAACCUCAAGCCAAGGGCUGGAUUCCGGGCGUGCACUUCGGACCUCCUCGUGGUCCGACGGCACCUUCGCUACGGUUGGGCCAAGAAGGACUUAGCCGGGGGGAGCGCUACGCAGGGCUGCUGCAGUUGCCGGGAGGGGCUCAGGCCCAGGAGCAGCGGAGGGAGGCGCCAGCAUCUGCGCGAACUCAAGCAAAAGAAAGCGAGGGCGGCGGCGGCGAAUCAGCGGCCGGCGCGUGCGGCCGCGCGCCCCCCGUAUUCCCCGCGCCCUCCGUGCGCCGCGUACGUGCGGCGACCGGCUCCGCCCCUGUAGGCGGGGCCUGGGGAAGCCGCGGGCGGCCGGCCGCGGCCCGGGAGCUGCUGCUGCUGUUGCGGCGGCUGCACCCGCGGCGCCAAGGCCGAGGGGGAGGCCGGGGUGCGAGCUCGGCUGACGUGCGGGAUCCGUGUGGCUCGGCUGCAACGGCUCGUGCGGCUGCCUGA